GCCCACGUAAACUUGAACCGGUUUAAGCCCCGACGGCCCAGCAAGUCAAGCUCAACUUAUGGAGAUUGGAGGCAUAUCAAGUACAGCCCUAUAGGGCGGAGCACCCACGUCAUAGGAUCAUCUCGACGUCAACGAAGCGCGACGCAGCGCGACGCAGCGUGUCUGUCUGCACUAGAAAUAAGUCCUAUUGUCCAUACUCGACAAUCCAGGGCCCGGCAAACCCCUGAAUGCGAUAUCAUCACCCCAAGUCCAAUUCCAGACCUUAGGUGUUUCCUUCUUUCCACUUCCCAACCCCGGCAGGAACACUGACCACCAUCAGGCCUCAGCUCCCGUCACGCUCCUCUCCGCGAACACCCAGUACAACCAACCCACAAGUACCACCACCACCACCACCACCACCACCACACCUCUCCCCCCAAUGCCCCAAGAACCAAACACAAUGCCCUACCAAGAAUUCCCCGCCCACGAACGCGACCCCCUCCUAGGAGGCAUGCACAACCCCAACACCACCCCACCACCACCACCAACAACAACAACAACAAACACCCAACUGACCCGCCUGCACGCCCACCUCAGCACCCCGCUCACGCAGCGCUGGACGGACCUCGUCCUCCUGCUCUGCUACACAAUCACGGGCCUGCUCGACUCGACGGCGGUCUUCAUCUGGGGCUCGUUCGUCUCCAUGCAGACCGGCAACACCGUGUACGCGGGCCUCGGGCUGACGGGGCUCGACGCGACGGCGCGGUGGCAGAAGUCCCUGCUCUCGAUCGGCAGCUUCUGCGCGGGGAGUGUGCUUUUUGCCGGGAUUCACCGCCAUCGCCAUUUGGCCCGCAGUCGCGGGGCGCUGGCGCUCUCGUUCGCCCUCCAGACGGCGUGCAUCGCGGCCGCGGCGACGAUCACCAGCGUGUAUCGGCCCGCCAAGGCGGAGGACCGGCUGGAGUGGACGGUGGCCGUGCCGUUGGCGCUCGUGGCGCUACAGAGUAGCGGGCAGGCGGUCGCCAGUCGCGUGCUGGGGUUCUCGGCCUUGACCUCCGUCGUGCUGACGAGUAUCUACUGUGAUGUGUUUUCGGGGCCGGUGCUGCACCGGUUCGGCUGGGUGCAGGUGGUCAGGAAUCCCGAUGAGUGGCGGCGGGUGGGCGCGGUGGUGGGGUUGUUGUUGGGGGUCGUUAUCGGGGCCGCUUGGGCGAGGAGUGAGGCCGGGUUGGAGGGGGCGCUGUGGACCGCUGUUGGGUUGAAGGGGUUGAUUACGGUGACGUGGUUGUGGUGGAGGGGGGAGAAGGUUGGUGGACUGGAGGAGUAGGUUCUUUUGUGGUGGAGAUACAUCGGGGAAGUACGUGAGUUGGGGGGAUCCGGGGGGGUGGCUUGAUGGAAAGCGAAUAGAGACACGGACAUACAUACAAUCAGACCGGGGGUGAGGAUCAGCCUAGAGGGUCAAGAUACUCCAUGAUACAUGAGACAGUUUAAAAGCUGGAAAGUUCUGAUAAACAGUCAU